AUGAUGAGCUAAAUUAACAAAGAAAGAACAAAAAAAAGCAAGCACAAUAAAAAGAAACAGAAAAAAGAGCUUUAUUGUUUUUAAUUAGUUUUUAGAAUUAAAAAUAUCACAAUCCAAAACAAAUAAACUGUUUUUACUAAAGGUUAAGUGUCAAAUUUGAGAGAUUAAUGCAAUUUGCUAAAGCAGAACCUAAGCCUGAUGCACCAAUUGCACCAAUUUAAUUAGACCUUUUUUAAUAGUGAAGAAAAAAUAUAUCAUUAAAUAGUUAAUUAGAAGGAAAAAAUGAAGAAAAAAUAUGAAAUAAUAAGAAAUAAAUAAUAAAAGCAAAAAUUGAAAAUAAAAUGA